GCGGGGGGGUUGGAGAUGGAGUUCGACUGUUAUCAGCAUUAUUUUCUGGAUGACUUCGACACGGAGGAGGAUUUCUACAAGUCCACCGCACCCAGCGAAGAAAUUUGGAAAAAGUUUGAGUUGCUGCCCAGCCCUCCCAUGUCUCCCGCCUGGACCCCCAGCGGGGCUACCAUGCACCUCUCCUCGGGGGACAAACUGAGCUGGCUGUCCAAGAUCCUGGGACAGGAUGAGGAGUUGGAGGGACAGUUUAUACCUAAAACAGAUGAGCUGUUAGGGAACCGCAGCUCCAUCGUUAUCCAGGACUGCAUGUGGAGUUGUUUCCCUGUCAGCAGUCACAUGGAGAAGGUCAAUGAGAGACUGUCUACAGCCCAGACUCAUCUCCCCCUGACACCCCAUAUCUCUGUUAAAACCAGCAAGACGCAGUGCACCUCACCUGAUGUAUCUCUGGCCGGUACCUUGGCAACUGACCUUGUGGACCCCACCGCCGUUCUUACCUUUCCUGCCAACAGCUGCAGAAAGCAGGUGUCAUCCGGCUCUGAGUCUCGCUCCGAUUCAUCUGAUGAUGAGGAGGAAAUUGACGUGGUUACUGUGGAGAGUAAACAGAGUCGGGCUCGGCUGGCUGGUGGCCGAAAACCGGUGACGAUCACAGUCCGUGCAGAUUCGUGUCCCAAACGCUUCCACGUGUCUAUCCAUCGACAGCAACACAACUAUGCUGCCCGCUCCCCAGAUUGCGACCCAGAGGAUGAGGAGGAGAGCGAGGAUGAGCCUCAGAGCAAGCGUACCUGCCUGGAGUCUAGUCAUCAUCUGGGGUCCCAGUCACCCUCCUCGUCAGACAGUCCCCAAAGCUCUGACACAGAGCACACGGACCGCAGACAGAACCACAAUUUCCAGGAGAGGAAACGGAGAAGAGCCCUGCGCUCCCGUUUCAUGGCAUUGCGGGAUCAGAUCCCCGGUCUGGUGGAAUCCACAAAGACCCCAAAGGUCACCAUCUUAGAUCAGGCCAUAAAAUACCUCCUCAAGCUGCACACCAGAGAGAAGCAACAGAUCCAGGAGAAGAAGCAUCUGAAGGCUCGUCAGCAGCAGCUUGUCCGCAGGCUCACCAAUCUGAAGCGCUCUUGAGACCCAAACAAGUGUGUUUACCAAAUAAACUGCCUCAUACCUGGCCAAGGACUGUCACGUUUCAAGAGCUAUGGACUUUAUAUAACGACAUGCCUCAUGUAUAGAGCGUUUGACUUCAUUUUUAAAUAAAUGCCUCAUUCAUAUUGUUAUGGGCUUCCUAUAAUUCGGUUCUUGACUGGCCUAUGAACCAACGCUUGGGAACGCUGGAGGAUUGAGCUUUGUGUGUUUUCAUGCGUUCUCAUUUUUGCACAGUGUUUGCUAUGGGGAGCUGUUGGUAAUGGAAUAGAUUAAUAUAGCUAUGACCAAGAUAUUUCUUGGUAUGCUGUGGUGGGUGAUUAUGGACUUUUUCUCCAAAAAUGUCUUCUGAAUCGUUUACCUGUUUCUAAAUUGACAUCUACUCUGUGUUAAUACGUGUGUGUGCUGAAGCUGUGAAAUGUUGUCACAUUUCAUCAUUGCAUACUUGCUUUGGAGUAAAGUGUAAAAGCCUUGCUGUGUAUAUAGGAAUGAGUGCUCCUUUUCCUGUUUUGUUUUGCAUUGCUGAUUGUUGGGAUGUACAAAUAGCUUAUCACUUCUGUUGAAGGAGACGAAGAUUAAGCUUGUCAUUGACCUCCGCUCCUUUCCGUUACAUGCCAUUGUGCAUUGAGGUGCCUCUAUUUUGUUAAGAAAAUGUAAAAGAAAAUUGGCCGAAAAAAAAAAAUUAAGUUGCACUACUGUACUUUAUAUCCACAUGUCACUUUGUGAUGAUAUUUUCAAUGAUUUACCGUUUGUUUUGAUUUUGAUGCACGAUCACAUUGACGGCAACAUUAAAUUUUGAUACAAUA